AAGAUGGCUUGGGGGCAAGGUGUCGUUGCUGCGGGGGAAGUUCUUGAAAGAUGCAGUCGGGAUUGGUAUAGACUGUAGACUGGAAUGAUUGCAAGUAUCGCUGACCUUUUGCAGCGGCCUGAGAGGGCUCUGAGCGCAACAACAACGCCUUCGGUGCGUGGUGGGCAUUAACCAAGGAUACCUUGGACCAGGAUUGGGAUAUCAUCCGUAUGAUUCAAUGCUCCUUUCUCAUGGCGACUCGGCUGUAUGGCAUGUUGGACACAGGCUGAACGUCAUUGAGAUCGAGGUGUUGCUGUUUGGAGACGUUUGUGUACGUAGCGGGGAACAGUGAGCCAACCAUCUAGGCACCCAGUACCAGUAUUGUCGGAGGCAAUCAAUGAACAACUUGGAACAAUAUGAGAAUUGCGGUCUUGUUCAAUAGGCAUGGUAACAUUCUGCUUUAUGCGGCACAAUGCUUGCUGAGUGAGAAUGUUGAAUGGGCUGUCUAGUCUAGUUUGGAGGACAACGUUGUUUUGGCCCCCGGUAUCGAGGAGCUGGACCAGACUUGGGCUUUUGACGGGCGUGAGCUGUACAUUAGGUUACCGUAGCAGAGGUGGAGUAGAUAAUUUGUGUAGGGAUUCUUACAGUGUGGCCUGCUCUGGUGGCACCGGUAUCAUACAUUUAGCAGAAUGUACCGGUAGCUGCAAGAGUUUACUUGCGAGGUCUUUGCGUCGGCGCAAUUACAGCGCAAGGCAUCGAUUCGCAAAAUUUGUCCAGAGCAACAGAAACUGAGAGAAUCGAAUUCGUCCAAUGACACUGUGCCUCCGGACAAACGCAUUUUCGUCUUUCGUCGUAAACACCCCACUGUACAUACCAAGAAAGCAACAAACCAACCCAACCACCAACGAGUCGCAACCCCAUUUCUUCACACACCCAGCAAUUCAUCAUGCCCACAGCUGCAGCCAACCCAGAAGGCCCCGAAAACACCAAUCCCAACUAUGUUCUUUGCCCAGUCUCGACUUAUGAUUAUCGCAUUGAGUUCGUCGACGAUUGCAAUGGAGUUGGGCUGGUUGCCAAUCGAGAUAUUGCCAAAGGAGAAGGUGUCUUCUCGGAGUCACUAGAGUUCAGUUUUAGAGAUGUGCGAGAUGGUGAUUGGUUGUUGCUAGCCAAGAAUUAUGAAGAAGAUGAAGAAAUCGAACGUACCAAGGCGCUUCCCCUCUGUCUUCCUGUCAAUCCAAAGGUCUUGCUAGAAACACAUGGCGUGCCCAUGUUGUUUCGUGAAGCCGAUAGCUUGAUUGAACGAUGGCAUCUCGAAUCGCCUGGCAUGCUCAUGAACCACAGCUGCGAACCAACUUGUCAUCCUUCUUCAUUUGAUUGGAUCAACGGAGAAGGCAUCGCCACUCGGGACAUCAAAAAGGGUGAACAGUUGACAUGUGAUUACACUCUCUUUGAUUACGAUGAAGAUGGCCUGACGUUUCAAUGCAACUGUGGCGCCAAGAAAUGCCGUGGUAAGCGCAUUGGAUUCUUCAAGCUCACAGAUAGUGAAAAGGAGGAAUACCUGCCAUUCUGCAGUGACGUUGUCAAGGCCCGUCACCAACAUGCACUUGGUUUGGGACCACCUGUGGUCAGGCAAGAUCAGCCACCACCCCAUCGAGGCAAGACCAACAACAACACUAUUCCUCGACUGGUAGCACCCGGUCCCAGUUCUGCUUCGGCGGACAUUUGCAUCCGACCCUGCAAACCCAGCAUCCAAGACGACAAUGUUGAUUAUGGAUUGUUUGCCGCCAAGGAUUUCCCUGCUGGAAAACGUGUGUACUACUUUUGGUCUCAGCCAUGGCCAACAUUUCCUGGUCAGGAGAAGAAUGAUACAACAAUUGACAUGGUGUCAUCCCUCAACAUCAUCGACAACGAUGCUUCAGAAGGUACAGUGAUCCAAAUAGACCCACACAAGUGCGCUUCACGGGAUGCGGAAACUGGCUUGCACCACUUCACUGGCUUUGACUUGUUGACCCACCACUCGUGCCAACCAAAUAUCGUGUACAAGUACACGGAAGAAGAAGAUGGCGACAAUUGGCGUGGCGCCUAUGCCUGUCGGGAUAUUCAGAAGGGAGAUCAGCUCUUUGUUGAUUUCAAUGCUCACUGCUGGGAGCGCGUUGCCAAUGAGGAGGAAGAGUCCGCCACGUUGUGCCUCUGUGGCACUUCUGCAUGCCGUGGUCAAGUUUCUGGAUUUCGCCAUUUGCUACCAGCAGAACAGCAGGAGUUGCAGGCUUUGACCUGGAAGAGGCGACGUGCGGACCUUGAGAAUGAGGAGUCUGGCGCAACGGAAGCCUUAUCGCCCUUCGUGCGGAGCCAGCUGCGGAAGGAAUGAAGACUCAUUCCGUAGCCAAGCUUAAGCCCGUGCAGCACUGCACUUCUAUGUCGUAUAUGCAUAAUAUGGGCUUUGGGCUUCAACUGAACCGGCAGUGCAGGGGUUGGGUACCGGUAGCAAUCCGCCUCUAUGACUUCAGGCACUGCAGCUGGAAUACGUGAACACGUGAACUCUUUGAAAAUAUGUACAUCGUACUACGUGUAACCGUGUAACGUACAGAGUAGCUAGCAGCAACUUGCAACCGUU